AACGCAUAUCAGCAGUGUCCUCACUCAAAUCUUUCAAAGUCAUCAUCAUCAAAUUUCUCGCAUGUUGGAGGGGCUCUCUGACCACACCGGCCAACAUCCCUCGGUCCCUACACAACCUGAGGGAUCGACGUCCAGAGACAGUUAUGACGCGGGCUCCGAGCCUAGCGAUUUGGCUGAAGAUAACCGCGGUUCCGAUAGCGAUGAGGCUACGAAUGCUGAGGUCCGUGCAACUAAUUCCCCUUCCGCUAUAUCCUCCUCCUUGGCUGAUCAAUUAGUUCAAUAGAAUCACACCCCAGUUCCCGCAGAGGACCAGUCAAACCCCUUCGGUCUGGGCACCCCGAAUACUUACGCAGGUUAGCAGUGGCCGCUUUAACUCGCUCAACACCACCGCUCAGCAUCAGCAGGAUAUCCAUAUACAGGGGCCAGCAAUGGGUUCACACCAUACCCAGUCGACCAGACCCCGCCCCCGAGGGCCGGGGAGUGGAUCGAUGAACAUGGAGUGAACGGGCUCCCGGCGCACCCCGUAGACCAAAUCCUCGUUGCCAGCGACCAAUGUUUCUAGUUUUGUCCGCGCUUCAUGUUGUUGCAAUCAGCAUUCUGAGUGCUAACCUUCUUGGUGACCCCUGAGUGGUUGGUGGCGUGUGAGUCCUCCAAGUAAUCCGAUUUGCGUUCAUUGGAGUCGAAGGGAUUAUACUGUGUCGAUCCCCCC